AUGACAAUGGCCAUGACAAUCCCUUCUAGCCCGGGACGGGCAGGACAUAAAGCAUCCCCCGCACCCCCACCUCUGUCUAAUGGGUACCAGCCUGCGCACUGCCUGUUGCGACACUCACUGCCAGAUAGGCUGGAGGCCCGGCCAUGAGCACCCACCUGGCCAUGCCGCCCUACCUGCCCUAUCCCGGCGCCCUCCGGUAUGAGCGUUAUUACUGGCCGUCCCCAGGGAGCAUGGACAACAGCGAGCCUGCCGAGGAGGCUCCGUCGGUGGACACCGUGCCCUGCCUCGCGCUGGAGAAGACACCCAACCACCCAGAUGUUUCUCCAGCUUCCUCUAGCUCUGGGAUGUUUACCCAGUAUACUCCUGACUCUGCCACUAGCCCCACUGCAGAGCGUCCAUCUCCCCAUCCCUCCUCCCAGAAGGUCAAGGAGGAAGGUGAGGGUGUGGUGAAGAAGGCCAAGAGCCGCACAGCCUUCUCCCAGGAGCAGCUGCAAAUCCUGCACCAGCGGUUCCAGAGCCAGAAGUACCUCAGCCCCCAGCAGAUCCGAGAGCUGGCUGCUGCCCUAGGGCUCACCUACAAGCAGGUGAAAACAUGGUUCCAGAACCAACGGAUGAAGUUUAAACGUUGCCAGAAGGAGAGUCAGUGGGUGGAAAAAGGGGUGUAUCUGCCACAGGGAUUUCAUCAGACUGCAUACUUGGAUAUAACUUCGAAUUUCCACCAGGGCUUCCCUAUUGGUGCCAGCAGAAACCUUCAGGCUGUGACCAACAUGCAUCAGGCUUAUAGCAAUGGCCAGACUUAUGGGAGUGGGCAGAGCCUGUACUCAUUCAUGGCUGUGGAGGAUGAGGGGCUUUUUGGUGGAAAAGGUGGGACAAGCUGCAAUACACAGCAAGCUACAGGCUUAUUAACCCAGCAGAUGAACUUCUAUCAUGGCUGCUCUGCUGAUAUGGAUUAUGUCAGCCUGGAGUCAGAAGACACCUAUGGCUUCCAGAGCACCUUUGACAACAUUGCACCGUUCUCAGGCUCUCCUGUACAGCAUCAGUACCAAGCCCCUUGGCACUCUCUGGGAACCCAGAGUGGUUAUGAGUCUUAGGUCUAAGAUACCAGAGGUUUUUCCUCUUCUCUUUUCUGUCAUGGGGUUUCUAGAAUUGAGUCAGGGAUCCAUUUUCCAUUCCUUUCUCACUUGUCCCUCCUCCCUUCUAUUUUAACAGUUGGUGGAGCUCAGUACCCUCCUUCCUUAGGCUAGCCUUCAUUUUAAAGACAGAUGUCUGGUCAUAGCUAACUCUUGGUGUAAGGGUGAAUUGGGUGUGGAUAGGCCACCAUUCAUGGAGGGGCAUGUGCAAUGCCACAAUCAGAGCAGUAGAAGUGGUAAAGGUUUGUGUUUGCUGUCAAAAUUCCUGCCCUCUUCUGCUGCCUCUUUAUCAGGUUAUCUGUGAGCUUUCCCUGAGCAGAGCUUUGCUGCAGGAGAGCCUGUAGUUCAGCCUUUUUCGAUGAAAAUGCCCUUUUGUAGCCCAGAAUCUUUCCUGCUCUCUUGCCUGAUUGUGUUACUACCUCAGUUAGCUAACUGCUAAUAGGUUCUUCAUCUGCAUUCUCUCCUCCCUCAUGAAAUAACUACAUUAGAGCAUUUGAUUUCAGAUUACUUCAUCCAGUUAUUCUCAGCAGCUUCUCUUGGAGGGAUCAGUACCUGCCUACCUCUUGUCUGCUGCUCUCAUGGGGCAGUUGAGAGGUGAGGAGGAGCAGUAAUAACCAAACCCAAAUGCCACCUGCAGACUUCCUUCUUGGUUCUCAAGGCUGUGAAGUCACUUGUGCCUAUCGGCUCAUUCAGGAUGGUGUCUCUGGGACUGUCCCCACUCGGUUUACAUCUUGCCUUUCUAAAUCUCUCUGCUGAAAGACUAGUGGCUAGUCCUAGACUGCACGUUGCAGCAGAGGGUAGCCCAGAGUGCUACUGUUGGAAGUGUGAGGAGCAGUUGUGUGUACCCGCCUUAGAAGUGAUAAGAACAGUCUGCUUAUCUGCACGUGAUGGUUCCGUAGUGCUUCAUAAACAUAGCAUUACUGCAGUGAGGCUUUCUCUGGGGUGGAAGUGGGCAGCUAAGUAAAGGACCCAUUUUAAAGCUGAUGUUCAAUGUCACAUAUCCUGGAACCUAGAUGUUCAGGGCAGGUAAUCCCAUUAUGUCCAACUGGAGUUGUCAUCUAAGGGGCUAGAGCAGGAUGGUUCCUCAUUCUUUUGUCUAGUCUCGGCUUUAAGAGUGUAAAUUGGAAGGAAUUGUGUCCCUUCUCCAGAGCUUAGUUGGAGCUCUUCUGCAUUAUUCUGCUGAAAGGCUGCUUCAGCUAAUGUUAAGUCUCCAAGUUCUGGGGCAGGUGAGAAGUUUGGGCUUUUUGUGGUCAGUACGCAGUUUUUACUGCAACCCUGUCCUCAAAUGUCCGCACAAGGGUUGUGUGUUAGAGUUAAACUUUCACUGCAAAAGAUGCAAACAUUUGUUGUUCCAUACUGUUUUUCCUUAAAUUGUAUUUUCUUGCAGCAAUCUUGAAAAUGUUAUAUUUUAUGUGCAUGUUGUGUUGUAUUGCUCUGUUUCUGUUUAAUGUUCUUACACGCUUGUUUGGUUUGAAAAUAAAUUACUUUAUUUUAAUGUUGAAA